UGUUAUUAUCAGAAUGAGACGAAACACUGGAAUUUGCUGAGAAACGGCCAGACCGCUUACAAUGGCCUGGUGAAGCACACUUGCGAAAGAUAUGACGAUUAUCCGGGAAGAGUCCAGUAUAUCGCUGAGGUUCGAACGGACGUUCCAGUGAAGCAUCCAUCAAACAAAGGCAAAAAUCAGAACUUACCGGAACUUAUUGAUAAUCGACUGAAGGAAGCUCCAGUUCGGUGGCUUCAUGCAAACGCAGCCUACUUCAUCGCAAAUAAUCAAAGUUUCGCCACCAAAAUUCGUUAUUUGCCCGAUUUGAGUGCACGAUUGCAGGCUCAUAGGAAUUCCGAAUUGGAUUAG